AUGGUGCGGCUCGGCCUGCGCUGGAUGGAGAACCGGAGCCCACCCACACAAAAGGCGCAACAGCUUCCAGCGCAAGCAAGCUACCGCGGUCCCUCACGCAAGGCCAGAGCGGCCUUCACAACCCUCCACUUCCUCUCCGAGAUUGUCUACCGCGCGUCCAUCCUCGCCACGGAAACGGCUUCUCGCGUCGCCUCAAGAUCUCCCCUCAUCCCCCGUGCUGCGCAUGCGCGACCUGCUGCGAACGGCAGUCCCGGCAAACUAUACAACCCCAACUCGGAUCCCAUCCGCCGCCCCGUCAUCUCCGCCGAGCCAGACGCAAUGUCGGACGCCGCUUCCUCCUCCUAUUCCCCGCGCGCGGUGCCCUCGAGAGCCCAGCAACCCGCGCAGACUUCGAGAGGCGCUCCCGACUCUCAUCGACAACUCUUUGACCCGCGCAAGCACGACGCGGUGCUCUUCUCGUCUCAGAACCGACAUCAUGCCCCGAGCGCGCCUCUCACCAACUUUCCCAACGCUGGACGUCCCACGCCCACGCCCAAGUCCUCCGGCGGCUGGGUUUCCGCCUCUACGGUGGUCUCAUCGAGGAGAGGAACUUCGCGCAGUACCGCAGCGCCUUCCUGGAAGCAUUAG